UGUUUACAUUGCAGGAAAAAAAAAUAAUGAGAACCGAACCGAAUCGAUCCGGAUUAAACCGAACUGAUUCAAACGGGAUCACUUCCAAGAUAGAACAUUGAUGCGUAAGAGGUGAGCUCGUCGGAACCGCAGUCUGCAAGUAAAAUUAGAAGCAGUUUUCUGAAUGGACUGAGUCUGACACCAACUGGGAAGAAAAUGACAAAAAUAUCCUUGUGGGAGCCGUGAUUCAUGAACUAGAGAUGCUAAAACAGGUGAUGGGCAUUGUCUGGUGUGAUCGACGGCAAAGUGCAAUGGCUGUCUGAAGAAAGAGAGUAAGAAACCUCAAACCCCCGGGAAUCUGAGGUGGGCAAAGCUCUGUUGAGGAGGUUUCGGGGCAUAACUUUCUCAUAGGCCUGGAGGUUUGUAAGCCUCCGCACAUCUGAGGGACUCUGAGCUGGCGCACCACUUCCUCCAUCGGGUGUCUCCUCGUAGGCAAGAGACGGGGAUUCGGAUGAGGCCUUGUCUGGGAAUGUAGGGGUAGCCAAGGAAGGGUGAGACGGGAGACGAGGGAAGAAUAAUCGAGGAUUAACCAAAGGUGCUUGCGGGAAAAGACCGUUUGCCGCAGCCAUGAUGGAGGAACUGCACAGUCUGGAUCCACGACGCCAGGAGCUUCUAGAGGCCCGCUUCACUGGGGUCGGAGUUGCCAGGGGCUCUGGUCAUAAUGAGUCAUCCAAUCAGAGUCUUUGCAGCGUCGGGUCACUCAGCGAUAAAGAACUGGAGACUCCGGAAAAGAAGGCAAAUGAUCAGAGAACCCGGAAGAGGAAAGGAGACAUGUUCGACAACCAAGGGAAAGGGACCAGAGGGCUCAAGAUUAGUGAUUAUUUCGAGUUUGCAGGUGGCAGUGGGGCUGGUACCAGUCCGGCUCGGUGCAUCCCCCCCGUGGUGCGGUCGUCCCCGCAGCACUCACUGUCCAACCCUCCCGCCGCUGUGCAGCAGGGCAGUCCAUCCUCUUUAAGCUCAAUAAACACAGAGCACUCCUUCUGCUCCCUGAAAUCCAUAAGCGCUCACUGUCAACACAGAGCAACACAGUCUGACCUGACCAUGGAGAAGCUGGCUGCCCUGGAGAGCAGCAAGAGCUCUGACCUGGAGAAGAAAGAGGGGCGCAUCGACGACCUGCUGAGGGUAAACUGUGAUUUGCGAAGGCAGAUUGAUGAGCAGCAGAGGAUGCUAGAACGCUGCAAAGAACGCCUGAACAAGUGUGUGACCAUGAGUAAGAAGCUGCUCGUUGAAAAGUCAAAGCAGGAGAAGAUAGCUUGUCGGGAGAAGAGCAUGCAGGACCGACUGCGGUUAGGCCACUUCACCACUGUCCGACACGGAGCGUCCUUCACUGAGCAGUGGACCGAUGGCUACGCCUUUCAGAACCUCGUCAAGCAGCAGGAGCGGGUGAACUCUCAGAGGGAAGACAUCGAGAGGCAAAGGAAGCAGCUGGCCAAGAGGAAACCACCCAGCGUCUCGCAGACCCCACCCCCCAGCCUGGAGCCCAACAAGCGCAAGAGCAAGAGCAACGGAGCAGAGAACGAACUGUUAUCACUAGCAGAGUAUCACGAGCAAGAGGAGAUCUUCAAACUACGCCUCGGCCACCUAAAGAAGGAGGAGGCUGAGAUCCAAGCAGAACUGGAACGGUUGGAGCGGGUACGGAACCUACACAUCCGGGAGCUGAAGCGAAUCCACAAUGAAGAUAAUUCCCAGUUUAAAGACCACCCAACGUUGAACGAUCGCUACCUGCUCUUGCACCUACUGGGACGAGGAGGCUUCAGUGAAGUCUAUAAGGCCUUUGACCUCACAGAGCAGAGGUACGUUGCUGUGAAGAUCCACCAGCUCAACAAGAGCUGGAGAGAUGAGAAAAAGGAGAACUACCACAAACAUGCCUGUCGAGAAUACAGAAUUCACAAGGAACUGGACCACCCCAGAAUAGUCAAACUAUACGAUUACUUCUCCCUGGAUACGGACUCGUUCUGCACAGUUCUAGAGUUCUGCGAGGGGAACGACCUGGACUUCUACUUGAAGCAGCACAAGCUGAUGUCUGAGAAGGAGGGCCGUUCCAUCAUCAUGCAGGUGGUCAAUGCACUCAAGUACCUGAACGAGAUCCGGCCCCCCAUCAUCCAUUACGACCUGAAGCCAGGUAAUAUCCUCCUGGUUAAUGGAACUGCCUGCGGGGAGAUUAAGAUCACCGACUUUGGCCUCUCGAAAAUCAUGGACGAUGACAACUACGGAGUGGACGGCAUGGAGCUGACCUCCCAGGGAGCCGGCACCUACUGGUACUUGCCUCCAGAAUGUUUUGUGGUGGGAAAGGAACCACCCAAAAUUUCCAACAAGGUAGAUGUCUGGUCAGUUGGAGUCAUAUUCUAUCAGUGCCUCUAUGGGAAAAAGCCGUUUGGACAUAACCAGUCUCAGCAGGAUAUCCUUCAGGAAAACACCAUUCUGAAGGCCACAGAGGUCCAGUUUCCACCCAAACCGGGCGUUUCACCAGAGGCCAAGGCCUUCAUCCGCCGCUGUCUCAUCUACCGCAAGGAGGACCGCAUCGACGUCCACCAGCUGGCCAGCGAUCCCUUCCUCCUGCCUCACAUCCGCAAGUCGGUGACCAGCACCGGGAACUCUGGGACAGCGCUGGCCUCCACAAGCAGCUCCUCCAACAGCAGCGCUUCAAACUGAGCCCGCCCUCUGCUCCCUCAGUGCUUUUUUCUGAUUGGUUGAGACAGGGGGGUGAUUGGCUCUCUAAUUAACCCCGCCCCAUUCUCUGUGAUGUCCUGCGUUGAGGACCAGAGCCAAGAGAGAGAGGGACAGAUGGAGAGAGAGAGGAGAGAGAGAGCUGAAGAAGGAUGGGAUACCUGGCGUGGUCAGGUGUCCAAACAAGGCCUCUUCUAUCUCCUCUGCUCCUCUCUCUGUUAUGGUGGCCAAGUCAGGAGGUUGGUGGGAUUGGCCUCCUGUUUACGCGCCUCCUGUAGUGAAUUGGGGAUGGAUGGAGGGAGGAAGACAAGUAAGAGAGGAGAUGGUAAGAGAAGGAAUCUCUGCUGAAAAUGAGACUGAAAAAUGGACCGAAUUUCUUCAGCUGGGGACAGACUCUGUUGUACGCCCUACACCCCACUACACACACACACAAACACACACACACAAACCAUUCAUUCACACACACCCAUUUAUACAAAGGCCUACGUAUACACACUUUUAGGCAAACGCAUAACUGUCUCAUCAAAACAAAUGAAAACCUUUUUAAUGUAUUUGAACUUGGUGAAUUUCCCCUUACAUAAGCCCCGUUUUCAGUCUUUCUGGAUGAACUUAGCCAGCACUUAUGGGGUUUGCCUGCAGCUUAACCUGUAUGGUGAGCCUGUGGUUAGUGGACCCAAGCCAUGUCUUCAGUAAUGCCCCCUCCUCUCUCUUACCUUGACCAAAGCUGACCAAACAUGACCACUGAGUGGCGCUAUUUCGCCUCAGAAGUUUAAUGUUUAAUACAAUAUGCUCUUCUCUUUGUUUUUUCUCUCAAAGUCUUAAAAGUAUUUUUUAUCAAUUUUAGUGAAGACUAACUGAUGGCCCAAGCUAUAUUAAAAUUUUAAAAUUAGGUUGAAAUUUAACCCAUUUUUUAAUGGAGAUGAAUCUAGUUUUUUAUAUAAAUAUAUAUAUAUAAGUAUAUAUCUUGGUCUUUUACUUACAUUUCGUUACUUGACUUACACAUUCUCACACACACUCAGACAUACCAUACACACACACACUCAAGCAUACACUCAUAUUUAUUUAGGUCUGUUUGAAUUGAUGAUUUUGGCUCUGGAGUCAGGGCCAAUGUAUCUGUACUGUGAGUGGGUGUAGGGCCUCAUACAGAGAUCAUUAAAUAUUAUUGCUUAUAA